AUGCAUGUGAGUUUUCAGAACAUUAUCCGUGUAGCAUCGGGUAUCAAAAUUUGUUAGCUGAUUACGUGUAUAGUCGAUAUUUAUGCCUUAUACUUCACUUUGGUUGAAAUUGUAAACAUUCUGUUUCUCCCGCAUUUCAGGCGUACGCUAUUUCCGCAAUAGCUCACUGGGACUGGCCAGAAGCCUGGCCAGAUUUGUUUGGAACUCUGAUGCACGCUCUCUUGUCUGAUGACAACAAUUUCGUUCAUGGUGCAAUGCGUGUAUUGACUGAGUUCUCAAGUGAGGUAACAGAUACUCAGAUUCCUCAAGUUGCGCCAAUAAUUCUCCCGCAGAUGUGUCUGAUACUCACAGAAGAUACGGUACAGUAUAUCUAUAUUAUUAUAAUACAUUGUAGUCGCUUGUUCUGUGACGUUAGUAUUGGUAAUGCUGGAAUCAUUGCCAAUUUCUACAAUUAGCCAUUUCCCAAAGUCCUGGGUCUAGUCGUGCAAAUCCCAUGUUGCAUGGAGGGACAAGAAAUAUGGCAGCACACAUUUAAAUUAAAAGUUUAAUGUAAAAAGGAGAUAUUUCAUUUUUGGUCGUCUAAAAAGUUGAUAUUUGAUAGUAUAGAUACUUUCACAUAUUUGACGCCUGUCACCAUAUAUUUUGUCCCUCCAAACGAUCCCAGAAUGCACUGUGAUCUCUUUUGGGAAAAGGCUAAUUGAAUGUACAUCCGAUUCACAAAAUAGAUGUUUGAUGUAUCGUCUAAUACACUUUUAAACUUUUAAGUUAUAGUUAAAAUAUGAUCGGCGGAUCUUUAUGCAUGGCAUUUACAGCAGCGCGAGCCAUUGUUAAAUGCCCAUAAAGAUCAGCCGCUCAUAGUUUAACGAACUUGUAAAGUGACAGGGUUCGUACAAAACUUGAAAGUUCUUGAAUGUCCUUGAAUUGGAAAACAAAAAUCCAAUGCCUUGAAUAUUCUUGCAUUUGCAAAUAAGUACAUGAAAGUCCUUAAAUUUUUCUUGCUAAAAGUUUAUGGAUAUUUUCUGAAAUUGUUUGACGUUCAAAACGGACAUUUUGUUGAUUUGAUUUUGCAUGUUCAUAUUUGACAAAUUUAAAGCUGUUUGAAAUUCAUUAAAGUUGCGCACUUUCUGAACAAUUCAACGUCGCAUUUUACUGAAUCCUUCUCUUCAGUAUUUAGUGCUUAAAUUUGCUGAUACAUGGUCUUGAUCUCGAAUGUCCUUAAAAAGUAUUUGAAUUUGACGCUUCCUGACGUGUAUGAACCCUGAAAUGAAUUUAUAUUUGUUUACUUUAUUAUUAUAAUAGUAUUCACUGCCCAUGGGGACAAUCUCACGCAUUCAUUAGCAUGCAUUUACAGCGUUCGUUUUGAUUCUAAUAAAUCUUCCUGCUUCUGAAUUAGUUUUCAUAACUUUCAUAAACAUCCCUCUAACAUGACUUUCUGAUCUUUACUGCGAUUUACAAGUGUGCGCAUGUCACCUAAAUACCGCGUCGUGAUUUGUUUGUAGCCUUAUUAAUUAUUCAUGAAUUUUACAAUUUAUUAUAAAGGGUUUCAUUCACAUUUGAAAGAACUCGUCAAAUGGUAAUGGAGCAUAUAUUACAAAUCUUUCGUCGUUUCUGAGAUAUUUCAAUCCGUUUGAUAUGCAAAUUAUGACGUCACAAGCUGGGUACAAAAUUUUAAAACAUUAAAAUAUCAGAAAAAUCCAGUUGAUUGCUCACGUUAAUGUCAUGAAGAGUUGUCAUAUACACAAUGCCAAGUCAAUAUCAAAAACAAUUUGCACAAUGUAGCUGAUAUUUUAAGGUUUUAAAAUUUUGUACGUCAUUUGUGACGUCAUAAUUUGCAUAUCAAACGGAUUGAAAUAUCCCAGAAACGAAGCAAGAUACGAAAGAUUUGUAAUAUAUGUUCCAUUACCAUUUCACAAGAAAUUUUUGUUGCUCAUACCCUUUAUCAACUUUUAACAAGGAUGAAUUUUCAUCAUUGUGAGCUGCAAAACGAAUGUAUGUUAACGUGAACAACGAUUACUAUUCCAAGCAUUAGGGACCGGUCAUUAUUUAUGGCAGACGGUGGCACCGAAGAGAAAAGGGUAAACAAAACAUUGAGUGAGUCAAAGGUUAGUUAAAUGAAAAACAAAAGGACUCAAGGGUUGGGUAAAUAAAAAUUUAUUGUCAUUUCCAGAGCAUGACUCACUCAAAUAUUGAAGACCAAAAAGCAAUGUCAACAGUUAUACAGUAGGUCAAUACAAUAGAUUAUGUAAAUCAAUCAAUCAGAAUCACUAUCUUGAUCAUUUUCCGAUUUGUCAGGAGGCAAAUUGUGUCUACAAAGAAAGUACAUGUGCAGACAACAUGAAACUUUAAACUGCAGAAAAUUGAGGUAAAGGACAUGUGACAACUGAAUGGUAUCCUUUUGUAAAGUUAUUGGCCAGGGAUGGGUAUUAUUUUUUAAUUGAUAUUUGAGGUUGAGUAAAAACAUUUUUGGAUUUGGUUGAGUCGGCAAACAUUUCACCAAGAAAAACGUUUCUCUUCGCUGCCACUCCCUGUCAUAAAUAAUAAUCGUUCCCUUAUGUCAUGAUCGUUUAAUACUGCAUGUAUAUCAGGUAGAUAGAUGGAUAGCGCAGUGCGCAAGGCAAUCUAUAGAUUUUCAUACCUGAAAUUUGUUCUCUUUUUAAAGAAAUACAGUAUUCGAACCAGAAGCAGAGCUGUGAAUAUAUUUAAUACUUUUGCUGAAUUGAUUGGAACAUCCUGUGCAAAGGUAUGGCUUACUGUCGCUUUUUGACCGUCCUUCUUUCCUAUAUAACUGUAUAAGUGCAGUGGUUAUAAUUGGCAACAUGACAAAAACAAUAUUAUAAUGUAAAUAUGAUAAUGUACAGUAGCAUGCGCCGAUGCGCGGGGCCCGGGACAAAAUAUUACCAUGGGCUCCUAUGACGUCAUAAUUGUAAUAGUGGAGAAGAAGUAUUUUACAAUAUAUUGCACUUUAUUGCAUAUUCUCCGGCACUGACACAGCUAGGAUUUCUAUUCUCUCGGGCAAACAAUCUUGUAUCACGAAAAUAUAUUAAGGGACUUCAUUGCUUUGGGGGCCCAUUUGAGAUGGGCAUAGUGCCCCUCCCUCUCGGCGGCAUUGCUAUGGCUACGCCUAGAAAAUAUAUUCUCUGCAGCGUAGAUACUGGGUAUGGGAAAAAGAAGAAAUUCCUGUUCAAUACUUUAAAACGUUUUACGAGUGCUAUAAAUAUAGAAUAAUACACGUACAUGGGUGCGCGGAAAUACCAGAUUUAUUUCGAGUGUUGAACAUGAUACUGUAUCUCAAGAGUGAGCGCAGCGAACGAGUGAGAUAUCAUGUUCAACACGAGAAGUAAAUCUGGUAUUUCCAAGCAUCCAUGUAUCUUUCUGUUUAUUAUAUAAAGGACAGCGAUAAUACUUACAGAAAAGCGAUAAUUGAAAAGCGAUAUUAUCAUAAAUAAUCCCACAUGUGAGAUGAUCAGUUUUAUCAGUGCUCGAAAUCUCUAUAAAGCACUAUACUUUGUAUAAUCACAGUUGAUUUUCUAAUCAACAGCUAAUUAACUGUGGUAUAACAAAUGCCAUUAAACCAGUUGUAUAACAAAUAUUUUUAUGUUUAGUCAGUGGCCAAGCAGUUGUUUCCAGUUCUGAAGAACUUUCCACCGGUCUUAACUCACGUCCUUGCCGUGCCUGAUGGAGAAACGUCAGAUUGUGGAUUGAAAAUGGAAGUUCUUAGGGUAAGUUGGGAUGAUAAAAAAGAUUUAAAUCACACCACUUCAGAAAAGAUCUGCCACAUUAAACACACAAGGGAUUUUUAUUCGAAAGAACUGCGUCAUUGAUAAAAUCAGACUCCCUGUUAAUGGUGCAGAUAACAUAACUACUGUACCUGUGCGUGCACUGUCACAAUGAAUAAUUGUAAAUGCCAUUUCGCUUCUAUUUAUUUACUGCUACUGUUGCAUACUAUUUCUUGCGAUUACAUAGAAUUUCUUGCGAUUAAAAAAUAUUUUAACGUAAUAGGGAGGGGGAUGGGGUGUCAAGAAAGGCAGUCGGCCAACUCCCAAUGUUUUCCUAAAACCUAUGAAAUGUAGCUGCAUGAUUAACCAAGUAUUACUAACUACAAAUUGCUACAAGGCCUUUUUCAAACAUGUAUAUCCAAUGCUCUAGUAUCCCAAAGGUCGCGGGUUCGAUUCCCACCGUGGUCAAGCAAACUUUUCAGCUUGCCCGGUGUGGAUGCACACUCAGAGUAACACCACAAACAUCAUAUUCACCUGAGUACAUAACACCAACUCACACAAAAAGUUCGUAAAUCCCAUAUUCGUAUAAUCGCACAAAUUAUGAUUGAAUUUGAACAAAACGCUUUGAGGAAUGAAGUUUGCAGCAACGGAAUAAGCUGGCUACGUGUUAUGAUACGAUCAAACAAGUCACACAAUGUUAAAUAAAAGUAUUUUAUAUAAUAGAAGAGACCUUUUAAGCAAGGCCAAGAAUCAACAAUAAAGAUCUACAAGUUAACACAAUCCCAAGCAAAACAAUCCCUUAUAUAUGUUGGGGUGCCCCAAGCCAUUUCCAGGGCCCGCUGAUCUAUAGUUCACUUAAAUGUCUGGACCGUCAAUAUUAUAAUAUCCUUUCCCUAAUAAGUUUUAUAACAUCCUUUCCCUAAUAAGUUUAUAACAAGUAAGUUCAGCAACUUUCAAUAAACCUGUCUUGUUUCUUUAUCAACCUCUGGGACCUUCGGGUUGUCGGUUCGGGAGGGUCCAUAGGAAUUGGAUCUGGCAUUAGAUCUGGACUCGGCUCUGGUGCAGCCAUUGCUUCAGGUUGAAGGUUAUGAUCGCCGUCCUUAGGGACUGAUAUAAUUUGUUUUUUAUUCCUUCUGUACACACUACCACUUUCAUCCCGCACCACAUAUGAUCGUGGUAGAACUUCUGCAGAGCGCCAUUUAUUAUCGUGCGGUUUGGGCGAUUUCUAACUUUAUCUCCAACUUCCAAAGGUGGUAGAUCUCGGCCAUUCCUAUCAUAGUAUUUCUUCGAAACCAGUUGUCGGUGUUGAAGCCCCUUCACCACUUUAGCACAUUCGGGAGUCUGUGGGAGCAAUAAACGUCUGUGAGUCGGUAUCAUGAUCCGAGUUCGUCGUCCCAUCAGAAGUUGAGCAGGAGAGGAUCCAAUAUCUUCAAAUGGUGUAUUGCGAUAUUUCAACAAACCUUCAAAUGGAUUUUUGUUAUUUGCCACAGACUUUCUAAAGAUCCGCUUUGCUGUCUGGACAGCUCUUUCAGCUGCCCCGUUUGAUUGUGGAUAUUCUGGUAAGCUAGUUAUAUGUCGAAAACCCCAGUCUUUUGCAAAUUUUUUGAUCGUGUGAAUCACCAAACACAUUUCUUGUGUUACUGUACUUAGAGCCAUUGUCGCUGACAACAUUCUCAGGUAUUCCAAAUCUGGCAAAUAUUUUCUUUAGGUUAUUGAUGACACAACUUGCAGUACUUUAGCGGAGCAGUUCUACUUCAAAGUAUUUUGAGUAGAAGUCCGUUACCAACAAGUAUUGUUGACCUUGGAACUGAAAAAUAUCAGUUCCAACUAUCUGCCAUGGCAAAUCUGGAAUUUCGUGUGGAUGUAGGGUUUCUUUUUGUUACUGAUUCCGGAAGGAAUUACAAACCGAGCAGGAUUUGACCUUGUCUUUUAUCUGUGCGAUCAUACCAGGCCAGAAUACAUAGUCUCGACCAAAAGAUAAACUUUUUGUCUCGCCCAUAUGUGCACCAUGAAUGUCACUCAAAAUAUCACCUCUCAAAUUUAGUGGUACCACCAGCCUAUCUGAUUUAAACAGCAACCCAUUUUCUACACUGAGGUUCUCUCUGCAACUCCAAAAGUCACUCGCUAGUCGGUCUGCCUGAUCCUUGCAGCUAGGCCAACCAUGCAAUACAUAAUUUGUGACAACUUGCAUAGCAUCAUCACUACCAGUGGCCUCAUGAAACUUUUCCAAUGAUUCACUGGCAAGUCCCAACUGUUCGACAAGAUUGACACCAAUUUCAUCCUCAGGCAAUGCCUGGGUGUUCUCAAUGGGAGCUCUACUCGGACAAUCUGAAAGAACCUGCUGUUUUCCCGGGACAUAUUGGACAUCCAAAUAGUAUUUUCUAAGCUUCAAUAGCAUUCUCUGGAGUCUUGGUGGUGCUUCAUUCAAUGACUUCUUAAAUAUCGUCUCUAGAGGCUUAUGGUCAGUCUUAACAGUUACCCUCCGUCCAUAAAGAAAUUUCUGAGUACCCCACAAGAUGGCAAGAAGCUUCUCUCUCUCGAUAUUGGCAUAUCUGCGCUCACAAGCAGUCAAUGUUCGAGAUCCAUAGGCCACUGGCUGGUCAGCUUGCAUGACCACAGCUCCUAAUCCUAUACCACUUGCAUCAACAUUCAGUGUCGUUGGUUUCUGGUUAUCAAAAUAUGCCAGGACUGGAGCAUUAGUGAUCAACGAUUUCAACUUAUCAAACGCGGUUUGCUGUUGUUGAUCCCAAAUAAAUUCUACAUUCUGCUGAGUCAACUGUGUAAUCGGUUCCUGUAAAUCGGCCUUGUGCUCAAUGAAUUUAUCAAGAUAAUUCAUUGUACCAACUACUCUAAGUACUCCUUUAUCUGUUGGAGGUGGCAUGUCCGAUAUUGCCUUAACUUUCGCAGGGUCAGGUUUUAAACCUUGUGCAGUAAGUAAGUGACCAACAUAAUCACCUCUGGGACUCGAAACUUGAUCUUGUCAGGGUUGAACUUCAGUCCAACUUCACGACUUAUAUCUAGAAUCAAACGUACUUUCUGAUCUAUGUUGUUAGUAUUACCAUGUAUCAAAAAAUCAUCCAUGAUGAUUUCCACCUGCAAUCCUUGAAACAAUCUCACCAUUUCUCGCUGGUAAAUUUCUGGUGCGGGUGCUAUGCCAAAAGGCAAUCUUGUAAAACGAUAACGUCCCCAGGGUGUAUUAAAUAUGAGUAACCUUGAGCUCUCAAUAUCCAAGUGAAGCUGCCAAAACCCGCUACAGGCAUCCAGGGAUGUAAACAAUUGUGCACCUGACAGACGUGUUGCCACCUCUUCAAUUGUUACCAUAGGGUAAUGUGGCCUUUUUAAUGCCUUGUUCAAAUCCCUGGGAUCUAAACAAAUUCUCACUUCUGAUGCUGUUGGGGAACCGUCAUUCUUGUUUUCUCCUUUCCGUUUAUCUACCACCACCAUGGAUGAUACCCACGGUGUAUGGCCCUCUUCUCGGACUAUUAUCCCGUCUUCCUCCAUUUCGUACAAUUUUGCCUUAAGGGUCUACCUCCAGGUGAACCUCCGACGUUAAGUUGCCAGGCUUAUAACUGAAACAAUCCUGAUAAUUUUUCAACACUGGAUCCGAUUUAACAGUUUCCAGACCACGAGCCUUGGGUAUACCCUCCAAAUUUCCAUCAAAAGAUUCGUACAUACUUCUCCUGAAAUUAACUUUAAAUUCAUAAACUUAAGAAUCUCAAGAUCCAGGCAAGCAUCACAGCUUAGUAAAGGGGUAAAAUCCCCGUCCACCACAAGAAAUGGCAAAUUGAUCUCUUUACCCUUGUACUGGGUGGCGAGUCGUACACAACCCUUCGGAUUGAUAGCUUUAACAGCAAGCCAUCCCUUUAAUGGCUGAUGAAUUUUCUGCAAUGGUUUUUUGGUUAGUUCCUUAUGGAGCUUAAAUGGGAUGACAGUCGCCUCAGCCCCAGUAUCAGCCUUCAUUUUUAGAUAUUACCAGCAACUUUUAACGAAACCAUAGCCUUAUCUUUUUUGUUAUCCUUCGAGAGUGAAGCUAUUUCAACUGAAUUAAAAUAUGUAUGCACCAAGUUAGAUUUUUCGUGCUCACUAUGGUCAGGGAGGUCCUCUUGUUGAACUGAGUUUAGUUUUUUGUCUCUUCUUGCAUUUUUUUCUGGGCACAUUCUUGCAAAAUGCCCUAGCUUGUCACAGUUCCUACAAUUUUUUUUAAAUGCUGGGCAUCUUGUUGGAUGAGAGAAUGAAUGCUUAUAACCACACAAUUUACACGAUAGUUUCCUCCCAUUAGGAUCUGACCUAUCAUUUGUACCCUUAUCACGGCUGCUUAGUGUAAGGACAGUUUUUUCUGCAGCAGCCAGUGAAGAACAAUUGAUGCUUCUGCGACUCUGAUGCUUCAUACGUUCUGCAAUAAUCAUGUGCUUGCUGAAGGGUAAGGUCAGGUUUUUUAAGUAGUUCUCCUCUUAAAUUGUCUGACAAAACACCACCCACUAUAGGAUCUCUAAUAAGGGAAUCUUUGAGAGAGUCAAAAUCACAAGUUAAAGCAAGUCUUUUAAGCUCGCUAACAAAAUGAUCAAUUCUCUCACCUUCCUGCUGAUUUCGACGAUUAAACACCAACCUUUCAUAGAUUACGUUCUUAGCACCUCCAGACCAUUCUUUAAACUUGUGGCAUACAUCCUUGUAACAUUCUGCACUCUCACCCUCACCGUACACAAAGUGGCUAUACUCCUCAAUGGCUUGAGAACCAGCAAAAUUCAGUAACAAGUUCACCUUUAACUUCGCCAAUUUUCGGCAACAUUCGCAUCCAGUAUCAAUGGACCAGGCCUAUUUCUUUCCUCAUUCAUCCUGACACCAUGUUAUGAUACGAUCAAACAAGCCACACAAUGUUAAAUAAAAGUAUUUUAUAUAACAGAAGAGACCUUUUAAGCAAGGCCAAGAAUCAACAAUAAAGAUUUACAAGUUAACACAAUCCCAAGCAAAACAAUCCCUUAUAUAUGUUGGGGUGCCCCAAACCAUUUCCAGGGCCCGCUGAUCUAUAGUUCACUUAAAUGUCUGCACCGUCAACAUUAUAACACUACGAAAAUUCGAACGCCCAACAUUUCUCGAAGUUUCUGCCUACACUGAUAUAAUGAUGUCAUUUUAACACUUCAAUACUUCCUAUACAGUUUAUGUUAUCUCUCGUUUCUCCUAAGGCGUUAGCAACAUUGAUCACGUACUUUCCUAAAGAAAUGGCUGUUUAUCUUGGCGAGGUGCUACCACAUGUAUGGAAUACCUUGACACAAGGAGCUGAUCGUUAUCAUAAGACUGUAAUUAAUUAUAUUGAAGAAGCUGAUGAUCCUGUUGAUUCUGAUGGUAAGCUGGAUACUGAUACUAUAUGAAGAGAAGCAUCUUGUACACUGAAGGUGACGCCCUACACUUUUUAAGAAAUUGAAGAUUUUCUGAUUUGGACAUGAAAGAGUAUCUCUGACUUGAAUAAAACAAUUACUAAGAAGUUCGGAGUUUUUAAAAACUUCUAACAGGGUUCGUACAAAUCUUGAAAGUCCUUGAAUUUGAAAACAGAAAUUCAAGGCCUUGAAUAUUCUGGAAUUUGUAAAGAAAUAGUUGAAAUUCCGUGAAUUCUUCUUGUUUUAGUUCGUCUGAAUUUUUUUGAUAUUCAAAAACGAACUUUUUGUUGAAUUGAUUUUGCAUGUUCAUAUCUGACAAAGCUGUUUGAAAUUCAUUAAAGUUGCGUUUUGAACAAUUCAACGUGACAUUGUACUGAUUUCUAACGUCUUCUUUUCGGUAUUUAGUCCUUGAAUUUGCUGAUACAUGUUCUUGAAAAGUCCUUGAAUUUGACUCUCUCUGAUAUGUACGAGCCCUGAUUUAUCACCCAGGCUACACAGCCUACAAAUAGAUACUGUACUCUCUUUCGAGACGAACAAAAGAUGUUUCAAGAUGAACGAAUGAUAAAUUGUACUUAUUUAUUGCUUGUACUGUAGAUGUUUUUGUCAAUACUUUUAUUAUCGUUUCUUUCAGGUGAAAUCCUUGGUUUUGAAUCGGUUGUCUUUAACUUGUUUGACUUUAUUCACGCCCUAGUGGAAUCGUCAAAGUUCAAAGCUGUUGUCAAAACUCAUUUAGAACAGUUACUGUAUUUUCUUCUUGUCUACAUGGAGAUAACUGAAGAUCAGGUUUGUAAAGUAUUAAUGUCUGUAUUAACAUUACAUAUAUUAUUCAGCUCACUCCCCAUUGGGGCUUUUCAGUGACCGAUUGCAUCAAGUAUUACAGUACGCUUAUACUUAUGUUACUUAUACUUAGCCUAGACUAUUUAUCUUUUACAACAAUUAUGAUUACUUUCUUAACUGUGUUUAUCGUAUCCCACACUGCAUGUCAACUUUCCCGGAAACUGGAGUGCGCGGAGAAACGCCACGACUUUCGGCAGACCGUUGACAGACUCUUUUCACAUGAGUCCGAAAAGCGAGAAUCGAACCAACGAUCUCAGAGGUGAAAGGCUCUUGCUCUGACGACUUCGUCACCGAAGCUCCUCAUUCUGAGCGAGCGUAUUAGACUACCCUGCUAUAUACAUGUACUUGUAUUACUGCGGUGGCGCAAACUACCCUGCUAUCUGCAUGUACCUUUUCAACAGCUCUUCAUGCAUGACAAUUAUCCGGAGACAGCUCAUAGACAGCUCAGUAUACUCAUAGAAUUACAGCUAAUACAGUAUAACUAAUGUAUGGUUUAUGAUUUAUUAAUGCUUCUUCCAAUAUAGGGAUAGCUAAAAAUUGGCAAUGAUUGACACAUCACGUGGUUGAGGAUUUCUCUAAUACGCUCUUUCAGAAAGUACUCGGCCUUGACUAUCGAGCCUCGUGAUUUGAGAUAUUGAGUUUAGAGUCCUUUAUAUAUACAGUUGUAUUAGAUAAUAUAACAUACCUUUAAGGCCAAUUUACACUGCACAACUUAAGUUGUACUGUGUAAAUCUACACAACUUAAGUUGUACUGUGUAAAUCUACACAACUUAAGUUGUACUGUGUAAAUCUACACAACUUAAGUUGUACUGUGUAAAUCAAACACACAACUCACCUACGACACUACACAACGUCUGCCUAAAACUGACGCAUGCAACCUGUUUACAACUUAACUUGUACUGUGUAAAUGAAGCACACAACGUGCCUACUAAAAUGAACUGUUUGCUUGUCAAAGUAUAUUUAUUUUUUUAUUAUCUAAACCAAUGUGUGCUGAUCAGGUUCACCGCAACAGCGUCCUGGGACAUCCUACAGUACAACGAAAAACGGACGCCCAAAUUCUGUGGGGAAAGGGAAAUUACUCUCAAUGAUUUCCAUUAAUAUAUCUGAAACGAAAUAUCUUAAUUUUCAAUAUUUUUAUACAUUUGAAAUUUUGAUCAAUUUGAUGGCGUACCUGGUUGAGUGAAAAUGUCGUAGUUUAAAGCACGGCGCACACUAGUGCAAGUUGCGAUGAGCAGUUUGCUGCACACUAGGAAUUUUUGGCACGAAUGACAGAAAAUAUUAACUGUUUACCAUCGGUUUUACGUCAAUCAAAUCUCUCUAUUCAUCAGUUUAAAUCUAAUCUCUUUAAACACUAUCAGAAAAUGUCCGAAAAAUUUAUGACAUUGGUGUGCCACAAACUUUCAAAACAAUCUGUGUUAAAUGUCAUUCAUGUCGUCCCUUGUCUAGUCCCUCUGUUAAAUCGUGUUGUUAAUAAUUAUCACUUAUAUGUAUUCUGUAUAAAUAGUUAAGGUUAUCCGUAAAGGAGUAUUCAGCUCUGUGGGUAUAACCUGUCAUUUAUUUGACAAAGAUUGUAAAAUAAAAAAAAUAAAAAAUAAAGUAUCAAACAUGUUUGAUAUUUGUUGUUUACGACACGAGUGACAAAAAUUCUGAAUAUUUUCCCCGGACACUAGGAUUUUUGUCGCACGUAAUUGGUCACGAAUGACAAGUGUGCGUGCAACUUGCACUAGUGUGCGCCGGACUUAAUAAAGAAGCAUAUAUAGCGGCAAAAAUCUCGAAUGAGCUUUAGUUGGCUGGACAGAUACUGACAUGAAGUAACGUUUUCUCGAACGUCCCCCCCCGUCCCCCUACUGUAGAUGUGUCAUUAUAUGUGUUUUGGACAAUACUUUCUAGGCAUGCGCGUGGUCAUCAGAUCCUAGCAGAUUUGUUGAAGAUGAAGAUGACGAUUCAUUCUCGUUCUCUGUUAGAAUUUCUGCACAAAGUCUCUUGCUG